AUGGUUAUUUCAAUUCUUAUAAGUGAAGUUCAAAAUCUACCACCGUGGUUUAAUGCUUAUUAUUCUAACCAUGGAGUACCACAGUAUAGCAAUUAUUUUUGUAAGGAUAGUCACGAUUUGGCGGUGACUUUCAGUCCUGAUGGCCACAUACUAUAUGAUGUGUGGAUAAAAGAUGUAUUGGAAGAUGGAACAGUAAUAACUGUUAAAUUUAACUCAGUGGCCACCGUUUUUCUGUCCAGGGAAUAUGAAGAUAUUACUAAUUUAAAACUAAAACAGGAACCUGACACUAUAAAUAAUAUUUAUAAGUUCGAAUUUACGAACAAAACUAAAGAUUUGCGUGAAUUGUUUAGUGUGCAGGGAGAGACACAACCUCAUCACCCGCCGUACAUAACGAGCUUCAAAAUUAAUAGAAUUGAAAAAUGUUUCCAACCAAUUCUGGGGUUUUUUGAAGACCAUCAAUAUACUACACAAUACAAAUACUUUUCUGAAGCACCAAAUAAAUUUUGCGGAAGACGAAAAGUAAGAACAGAGAAUAUUCAAAAACCUUUAAUAGUAGGCGGAUCUGCAACUACAGCUGGCUGGUGGCCUUGGCACGCAGCAUUAUAUACACUACGAAAAGGCUCUUUAACAUACACUUGUGGAGGGACUCUUAUAUCAAAGUAUUUAGUUUUAACAGCUGCUCAUUGUGUGACGCUAAACAGUGCAACUAUUAAUCCAGAAAUUCUUGGAGUGCAUCUGGGAAAAUAUUCUCUUUUUGGACAAGAAGCUACUUCUCAGUCAAUUGGGGUGUUCGAAGUAAUCGUUCAUGAUGAUUUUGAACAUAGGAGUCUCAAUAAUGAUAUUGCUCUAAUAAAAUUGUUGGCUGCAGCUCAAUACAACAACUAUGUGCAGCCAGCCUGCUUGUGGUUCGAUGGUAUUUACGACCAAAUAGGAACAUUUGAACUUACAGGCACAGUUCCCGGUUGGGGCUUCGAUGCAACGGACACAUUGACAAAGACUUUGCUCACAGCCACUAUGACUAUAGUACCAGAUGUCACUUGUAUUUUAUUUGAACCUGUUUUUUACCAAAAAGUGCUUAAUGGUAAAAAAUUCUGUGCUGGACACCAAAAUGGUACGUCUCCUUGUAACGGUACGUCUCCUUGUAACGGUGAUAGUGGAGGGGGAUAUGUUGUGUUUGUUUACGAUAAAAAUGAUUUUCCUGCGCCCGAACAAAACGCAGGAGCAUGGUACGUCAAGGGAAUUGUAUCGAUGACCCUGAGUCGAAGUGAUUCUUCCGUGUGUGACCCUAACGGUUAUACAGUAUUUACCGACAUCGCUGUUUAUAGGAACUGGAUACUGAACUAUUUAAAUAGAGAGACC